ACCCAAGGGAAACAUGCUAGAUGGCCUUCGAACUACAGUAGAACUACAGUGAACAUGGGAAGGUAAGUCCAAGGGAAUAAUUUGGUUCUUUAUAUCAGCUAUGCUAUCAAUGGAUACAAAUAGAGCGUCUUGGAAUGUGUCGUUGAAGACCGAUGAUCGAAUUAUGAGAACCUUCUCGGUCGUCGGGCGAAGAUUUUCGGUAGACGAGUCUCGUUCUCGAGUUGGUCCUGGUGAGAGAGAAACAGCAGCUCAUGAAAAAGGAAAUUCGCUGCGAAUCCAGGUCCUUGGAAGAUCAAUAAUAAAUUGCAAACUGCGCCGAGCAAUGUCAUGUAGAAGCACUCUUCAGCACCAAAAAACACUACACUGUGGAUGGUUAUCAAAAACUGGUGGCCAGUGGCCAAGAACAAUAAAAAGAAGAUGGUUUGAGAUAAAAGGAGACCAGCUUUACUAUUUUCGAUCUAAAGGGGAUUCUAAACCAAUUGCUGGAAUACCACUGGCAGGGAAUCGUGUUGAAAGACGGACAGGAGAUGGAACUCAUCAGUUUCAAUUUGAAAUUGUUUCUGGUGAACAACGUAUUGGAAAGCCUGUCACCGACACCCAUGAAUCAUAUCUGUUUAUUGCUUCAUCUCAAAAGGAUCUAGAGCAAUGGAUGAAAGCUAUAAAUAUAAUAAUUUAUACACCGUUUGGUGGAGGAAUGUUUGGAAGAUCAAUUGAAGAUACAGUAAAGGUUGAUUCAAGAAGAGGUGGUGGAAUGGUGCCUAUUAUCAUCGAAAAAUGUGUAGAAUAUGUUAGAAACUAUGAGCCUCUUGAGGAAGGUGUUUUUCGUUUGAGUGGAAAUGUGCAAGAGGUUGAUGACUUAUUAAAUAGAUUCAAUAAAGGCGAGAUAGUAGACUUGGUGUCUGAAAGACAUGGCAUUCAUACAAUAGCUUCGUUACUAAAGGCCUACUUAAGAAGUCUUCCAGAACCUGUUAUUCCAUUUAGUUUCUACGACAAAUGUACAAGCAUUGUCUGCACUUAUAACGAUGAUCGAGAUACGGAGGUGGAAAAACUCAGCAUAGUGUUAAAGUCAAUUUCAAAAGCAAGUCUGAAUACCUUAAAGUACAUAAGUCGAUUUUUGCACGAAUUUCAAGGUCACCAGCAAGUAACAAAAAUGACCUUAGCAAACUUGGCAGUUGUUUUUGGGCCUAACGUCCUCAGUCCAAAUUCUGAGAAUCCACAAGUGCUGAUGGAAAGCUCAAGCAUGAUCGCACAGUCCAUGGAAUUCUUCAUCAAGAACCACGCAAAUCUCUUCCCUCAAACCGAUGAUGAGAAAUAUUAUAACCCAAGAUCUCCAGACGCGACACCACCAAAAAGCCACAGACAAGUUUCAAGCAGCCCCUCAUUCUCCUUCGACAUGGAAUCUACAGAUGUGUCUUCUAAAAGCGACACAGUAAGAAAGUCAGCAACUUUCCCCAGGUUUUCCAGGCUUGGUUCACUAAGCAAUUCAUUAGCAGGUGCAUCGUUGAAUGGUCUAUCAGAGUCAGAGGAAGGCCAAGACUACGAGACACAAGUUAACGAAUUGGCCCUGGAGCUGGAACUACAACGUUCGCAAUUUGAAGUACAAGUUCAAGAAUUAGAAAAUCAGCUUGAUGUACAAAACAAAAUAAUCGCCAUGUUGAAAAUACGGUUGCACGAGGAGCAUAAAGCCAGGACAUCUGCUGAAAAGAGACUCGAGUUAUAUCGUCUUGGUAUACAAGAAUACUGUCAGAAAUUUGGACAUGUUGAUAUAAGCAUUCCCUAAUGUGUAGAGGAAAAGAUGGUAAAUUGAUGUUUAUAUUCGACCCUAGGAACACACUUAAUAUUUCAUCCUAUCAAAUUUAUAUGGUCGUUAAAUUCAAUGUAGAAUUUUUCUAUUUUCGUGUAUUUUUAUACUAAUAAAUCAUAUGGUUGUGCUAAUGAUUUUUUUGGAAAAGCGAAAUAAUGUGUGGUAUUCUACAAAGAUUCACAAAAUUUACCCUAAUCUCUAAGAAACAAUAAGCACAACUUAGGAAUCAGCUGUUGGAAAUAUUAAAAUUUUUGAUUAAAUGAUAUCGUAUUGCUUAAUAAAUUUAAAGUGUAACAAAGCUUGUUAUUGUCUGAUUAAUAUUUCCGGUAGUACCACUCGCUGUAUAUCAAAUAUGCACCAGUUUUUGCCUAGAUGAUCGUUUAAUGUUGCUAUAUGGCUGCUUGAGUAUGCCAACGAAUGGUUCAUAACGACAAGCACUAAUUAUGUAGAAUGAGAUAAUGCAUGUAAGUUUAAUCUUUCCAAUAAACAUCUAAAUUUGAAGUUUUCUUA